AUUGAUUUUGAAAUAAUAAUAAUGUUUCGCUUCAGUCGUUGUAAUAGUUUUUCAAUUAUUAGUUGAUUUCUAAUCAAACAUAGACUUCACGUUUUUCACCAUUAUAUUACCAUUGGAACCGAAAAACGAGCAAGGUUAUUUGCAUUUAAUCACCAUCAUUCCCAUUCAUAAGAUUUUGGACAAACAUUGCGGAGACGAUAGAGUGAACUGAAAUCCGGUGUUUAUAAGAAUGGCUCAAAUAGUUGUGGACGGAGUGAAACACUUCUACAACUCAACCCUUGAACACGGAGACCCCCGGGUGUCAAACUGGCCAAUGAUGCAGACGCCGUGGCCAACGGUGGGCAUAUGCCUGUCAUAUGUAUAUUUGGUGAAAUAUCUGGGACCGGCCCUAAUGAAGGACAGGCCCUCAUAUAACAUACGUUUUCUAAUGGUUUUCUACAACUUCUCGAUGGUAUUCAUCAGUCUAUACAUAUUCCUAAAGCUGGGUCUCUACGGCUGGUUCGGUAAAUACAACUACAAGUGCCAACCGGUCGACUACUCCAACUCAGUGGAGGCCAACUCAAUGGCGUCCCUGAGCUGGUGGUACUAUAUAUCAAAGUUCUUGGAGUUCUCGGACACCAUAUUCUUCGUGUUACGCAAGAAGUUUACGCACGUCUCGACACUACACGUCAUACACCACGGAGUGAUGCCAAUGAGUGUCUGGUGGGGCGUGAAGUUCACACCCGGAGGACACAGCACUUUCUUUGCCUUCGUCAACAGUUUCGUACACAUUAUAAUGUAUAUCUAUUAUGCAUUGUCUGCUAUCGGCCCCCAAAUGAAUAAAUAUUUGUGGUGGAAGAAGUAUAUGACAACUAUUCAAAUGGUCCAAUUUAUCUUAAUAUUUGUGCACUCGUUUCAACUACUGUUCCGGGAAUGCAAUUAUCCGCGCGGUUUCAUGUGGUGGAUAGGCUUUCACGCCGUCUUAUUCUGGUUCCUAUUUUGGGACUUUUAUAAAAACGCCUAUAAAAACAAGUGCAGCGGCGGAGCGAAGUCAGUAACAUUUGGCUCCAUGUGCUCUCUCGACUGCACCGAACAAGUGUCGAACGGACACCAGAAGAAUGGCAACAUUGCCAACAACGGCAACAAUAAAACCAAUUAUUCUAAUGGUAUCCAUAAAACGCAUAAAAAUGGUAUCAAAUGUAAAGAUCUUUGAUUUUCACACACAAUACAGAACACAAC